CCGGCGCGCAGGAGACCGCCGGCCCGCCUCGGCGGCACAGCGCCGCGCCGCGGACGCCGCCGCUGCCGGUGUCUGCGGCGGCGGCGGAGGCCGACGGCGAGAGCGAGGACGAGUCCUGGGGCUGCUGGGGCACGAGGGGGAAGCGGCCAGCGGCGCCAGCGGUGAGGGCGGCGCCGAGGCCGCCGCACAGCGGCCCGCCAGAGCCACCGCGCGGCUUCGUUGCAGCAACCGCGGUGCUGACGGGGCCGGGCGGCCCGCAGCGGCACGGCGGCGCGCCGCGGACGCCACCGCCGCCGGUGGCUGCGGCGGCGGCGGAGGCCGACGGCGAGAGCGAGGACGAGUCCUGGGGCUGCUGGGGCGCGAGCGGGAAGCGGCCAGCGUCGCCGGCGGCGGAGGCCGACGGCGAGGACGAAGCCUGGGGCGCGAGCGGGAAGCGGCCAGCGGCGGAGAAGGAGAGCUGUGGCGCAAUGAGAGGCCCUACGCCACGUCGAAUUAUAUGGUGAUGACGCUUCCCGUCAGAGAAAUCAGGUUCACGCACGAUAGCAUCAUGGACCGCUUCAAAGAUGGCAGGAGGUUGGAGGACCUCAUCGCAGACCUUGAGAGCGGAAGGGUCAAUCCGAUGAAAGACAAGUUCUUGCAGCUAGAUGGUUUUAGGCAAGACGCCCGCGGUCGACACCAACCAGCGGCAUAUUUUUGCCGCAACAACCGUCGGUUGCGCUGCCUCAAGGACUUCCAGGAGCGGAAUCCCCAGCUGAAGGUGCAGGUGAAUUUGUCCGUUGAAUUGUUCAAGGGCAGUGCAAAAACUGCCAUAUUCGCUAACCACGGUCAACGGCGGGACGUCCGUAGAGGUGCGCCCGUCCGCCAGGAUUUGCUGACGGCGCCGCGUGCCCCGACGGCAGCUCCAUUGCGUCCUGAGUCCGGGCGGCAGCAGCGAGCUGAGUGGGGGUGGCGCGCCCGCCCGCGCAGGCUCGCCGAGCAGA